GAAGCUAGCAUUUCCAAUACCACCGACAAUGCUAAAGCCACGGAUGCACUGUCCAGGGUCAUCGACAAGCAGGACUUUUUGGAUAUGGAAGUGAUCGGUCAGUUCAAUCGAGGAUUCAUCGUUGCUCGCAGGGUAGAGCGCGCUCCCGGCCAUGGCAAUGUCGUUAAAACAGACGACUUAUUUAUUGUCGAUCAGCACGCCGCUGAUGAGAAGUAUAACUUCGAGACACUGCAACAGACUACAAAAAUAGAGGCACAAAAGCUGUUCAGGCCGGAACACCUGGAGCUAACCACAGCCGAUGAGUUGCUGGCCAUGGAGAACAUCGAAGUACUACGUUGCAAUGGUUUUGAUGUGACUGUGGACGAGGAUGCGCUGCCUGGCACAGGACAGCGGCUCAAACUUAUGGCACGACCUGUCAGCAAAGGCACUGUCUUUGAUAUGAAAGACCUCGAGGAGCUUAUUGACUUGAUGCGAGACCGCCCUGCAGGUCAGAUUGUAAGAUGUUCCAAGGCUCGUGCGAUGUUCGCUAUGCGUGCCUGCCGGAAGAGUGUCAUGAUCGGAAUGCCAUUGACCAAGAGUCAGAUGACUACUGUGGUCCGACAUAUGGGUGCCAUUGAACAGCCGUGGAAUUGUCCCCACGGCAGGCCUACAAUGCGGCAUCUAUCUGAUAUUUCGAGUACUUCCCGAAGACAGCAUCGCUCGAUGCCCGUGGAUUGGGCAGCAUUCGCGCCAGUGUGAAUGCUGCAUUGUGUUAUGGAUGUUGGCUGUGAUAAGGCCCCACGGAUGCGCGUUACACCUAGGAAACUCCUAUGUUUCUCCAUUUCCUCGACCAUGAUCGUGCACACACGUGGUAGACACCUCGAGAAGAUUGUAGCCUCGGUGUCUUUCUCUUGACAGCUCCUCGGCAGAGAUAACUCGUUAUCAUGCCACGAUUCGGGGACCCGUGAUGGCCCAUUCCGUCGAUGAAUGGAUAGGGACCGUGUCGCUAUCAUAAGAUUAGUGAAUCCUACCAUGUCGAUACACAGCGUCAGACGUGAACAAUGUCAUUUGGCCUGGGAUAACAGGUUGGUCGG